GAAAUUACAAUUUUUUCUCAAUUACAGUAAGCGUUAAAGAAAACUCAAUUUCUUUAUUCAAAUAAUUGAGGAUAUUAGAUUAUGAACCUCCAUAUCUUCAAAUGCAAAUCUUUUUCCUAAUAUUUCAUCGAUUAGUAGAUGAGAAUGCUGAUGAUAAAUGCCGACCUCUACAAAAAAUUGUAAUGAAAUUCGAUGAUCCUCCUGAAUCAGAUGAAAAUUCUUCCUAUGGUCCCAUUUUAUCUCAGUCAAAAUUUGGUAACUCCUCUGGUAUUAGCGAAUUCAGUAAACUAUCAUCAGAGUUCAGUGGUUUAAAGCCAUCAAUACUUAGACCAUCUCAAUUUAGUACAGUCUCUAAUCUACCUGGUCCAUCAUCAAAAUCACUAUCAGAUUCUCUGAAAACUCAAAGUUCUUUUAUUAAAGUCUCUGAUAAGACCAUACGUUAUAACGAUGAUCCCAAAGAUAAAAAUGGUCGGAGUAUAGAUUCAAAAAUAGAUACUGAACCUAAUAAAACUGAAAAAAGACAUAAAGAGGAUAUUAAAUUAGCAACACCCAAAUUUCUGCCUCUAGCUGCUAAUCCUAAAGAAAAUAAUCCUCUUACGGAUACUAUUGGUACAGUAAACUGUUUAACAUCAAGUUUUAUAUUCGGUCAGAACAUCAAGGAUCGCGUAGCAGUGGGAAAAGACAACGAUUGUUCUGAAGAUGAGACUGAAAAAUUAACGAAUGAAGAAUUAGUAGUCGAUAAAUCAUCUGAAUUACUUUUUUCCAAUGCUGCUGCUGUUUGUUCGAGUACUACUAAGUCUGGGUUAACGUUAUCACAAGCUGCUCAUGAAGUGGAAGAAGCAAAUCGAGCUAGUAAAAGAAAGUACAAUCAAGUUAUCCCGUUAACUGGUGAAGAAGAAGAAGUCAAUAUUCUCCAAAUUAAUUGCAAACUUUUUACCUUCGAUAAGGUGACAAGUGGUUGGAAAGAGCGAGGACGAGGUAUUCUUCGACUCAAUGACCGAGAUGAAGAAUCACGACUUGUCGGACGUGCGACUGGCACUCAAAGGCUUAUUCUGAACACAAAAAUAUGGCCAGAAAUGACCGCCGAACGUGCCGGACCCAAAUCCCUUAGAUUAACUGCUAUGGACAUUCAUGGUGACAUAAGAAUUUUCAUAGUUCAAGCGGCACCUUCAGAAGUCGAUCAGCUUUAUAACCUACUCAUACAACGACUCGAACGUGCCAAAGAAAAUCAACCGAAAAAAUUUGCGGCCGAUCAUUGACAAUUGACUAGUUAGAAUUUAAACUAAGAAACAGCGCGAUAAUUUAUUUUUAAAAUGUAAUUGCUAAAAAAUUCAUUUUUCUUUUAUAGAUAUAUUAAAUUAUUUGAUGUUUCUUGAUACUAUGAUUACUAGAUUAAUAAUAAAUUAGUUUCGGUAUAUUUGUUUAAUUUUGCAAGUCAUUCACACUUAAUGUAUAAUUUUAAUUUUCUGCAAUAAAAUAAAAUAAAAUAAAGUCUUGAAAAGUA